UUGAGGCAUGAGAGUGGACUGCUAUCAUCACCUGCCUCGUCUAGCUCUCUGUCCACUGUGGAGAGCUCACCAGAGGCUAACAAAUCUGCUCAGCGCACUCCAUCAUUUAUUGAAGAACCUGAUGAGAGUUCAGAGAUGAAAAAGGGGAAAAGAAACUCUCUUAAGAUAAAGGAGGAUGAGAGGCAACAACAACGUGCUGAGAGGGAGAGACAGCGCUUGGAGGCCAAAGCUGCGAAUGAGAAAAAGAAGCUGGAGGCUCGUAGACUGAAAGAAGAGAAGGAGAAAGAGAGGAAGGAGAGGAAAGAAAAAGAAGAGAGGGAAAAGAGAGAAAAAAGGGAAAAAGAGGAGAAAGAAAAGGCAGAAAAGUUGAAGACCAAGGCAGAGGAACGCAAGUCUAAGCAAGAGGCAAAACUUGAAGAAAAGCGAAAGAAGGAGGAGGAAAAACGGAUGAAAGAGGAGAAGGAUAGGCUUAAAGCUGAGAAAGCCGAGAUCACACGCUUCUUGCAGAAGCCCAAGGCUCAGCUUGCGCCAAAGACGCUUGCAUCUGCUUGUGGCAAAUUUGCUCCAUUUGAGAUCAAAGAACACAUGUGUUUGGCACCAUUGUGUCGAGUGCCGUGUGAGAAUGCAGUUUUAGACCAGUACCUGGCUAAGCCAGACAGGAGCGCCAGUUGGCUGAAGGAACUGACGAGGAGGAAGCCACGUUGCUCUGGUCCAACCAAACCCAAACCCAAACCCAAACACCAGGAUCCAGGAAGUGACGAGCUGGUUGUGGUGAAGGGGCCAAAGACUAAUGGUGCGCCUGACCAGCAGUAUCGGGCUCGGAUGAAGCUCCUGCAGUUCCAUGAGAAUUACCGGCCUGCUUACUGGGGUACCUGGAGUAAAAAGAGCACAUGCAUCUCUGCACGCUGCCCCAUCCAACAAGACAAGGAGCUUUUUGACUAUGAAGUAGACAGCGAUGAAGAGUGGGAGGAAGAUGAGCCUGGAGAGUCUCUAUCACACAGCGAGGGAGAUGAUGAGGACGGAGACGGAGAAGAUGACAGUGACGAUGACGUUUUCUUUGUACCACAUGGAUACCUGUCAGAUGGCGAAGGGGCUCUGGGGGAGGAAGUGGGAGACCUUGAGAAGCAGAAGUUGCGUCAGAAACUGAAGGCUCGUGAGUGGGAUGAGCUGCUUGCUAAGAAGAAGGUGAAGGUGCUGGAGGCUGUUAUCACGGGCUGCCUAUGGGACGGAGAGAGAGAGAAGGAGUUUUCCCCAACUCAGAUGGACAUGCUGAAGGCCCAUGCCAUCGCUGUUCUGGAGCCCCUCCCCAAAGAUGAACCCUCCUCACCUGCCAAUUCACCUGGGCAGCAGCGUGAUGAAUUGCUUCCCCAGCUUCUACCGUUGCUGCACGGUAAUAUCAACAGCAGUAAAGUUAUCAUCUCCGAGUUCCAGGAGUUUUGUCGUCAGCAGGCAACUUGUGUUGUGAGCAGCCCCCAGGGUUCUGGAGACAGCAUUCCCACCAGAGUGGGUGUGAAGCGUCUGAUAAAGGAGAGUGCGGUGUAUGCGAAGCGAUCCUGCUUUAGGCGCUGCUGCUGGUAUGUCCAUGCGGAAGUCCUGGCACGCUUCAGUCUCGAGUCCUUACCUGUGCCCUGUCAGUGGAACUACCUCACACCUGGUGUGCAACAGUGUCGUGAGGAUCCCCAGAUGCCAAUUACUUCACAGGGCAACUCGCCAACUACCCCACAGCCUACUCCCACGCUUUCCUCCAAGAGGAAAUCUGCUGGUAGUAUGUCAAUCAAAAAGUUCAUGAAGAAGUCUGUAGACCAGGAACAAACAGCGGUCAUGGAGACAGAUGGUUUUCAGGCGGACACAGAGGAUGAGGAAGAAGACUGUGUCUACAUCAAUACUGAAUCUGGAUUCCUAACGCAGAAUGGCGGCUCAAGCUCACCUCAGCCAGGUGCCCUGGAGCCCAUGGAAGUGAGCGCCUCGACUGCAUUCCUAUUGCCUUGCCCAACUAGUACAUGAGGUCCCAGGUACUUGUCUGACCUUAAACCACGACCACUUAUCCAACCAAGACCACAGUACGAUGGGUGCAGGUCUCUGUAGAGUAUUCACAGAAUAUUGACAGAACUGGGUAUAACUGACGCAAGCUGUUUAUGAUGGAAACACAUCAGUAUAAACAAUUAGCAGGGCUAAAAGCUGUUGUCCGAGAAGCUUAAUGUUAGCUUACAGGUGGAGUCUUUAAUAUUAAGCAGUCGAAUUUCCAACUGGACCUAGUAUCAGCAGAACACCAGAUGUUUGCCUUUUAAUGACGUGUUUUUUGUUUUUCCUCUUCACUUCACAUGGACACAUGUUUGUUUGUGUGUGUGUAAUUAAACAUAACUGCUAUACUUAACUCUGGGUUUAAUUGAUACUAUAAUCAUACCUUUUGUAUGUAUUUUUGUAUGUUUUUCCCCCUGUUAUCACCCUCCCUGGCUUGGGUUUGUGAAUCAGUGGUUUUUCUUU